AGUGGCUCCGGGGUUCUUCCUAAUACUGGUCUAAAAUUUACUCUUUCCGGUCAGAGGCGGGACAGAAGGAGAGCGCGGCCACCUCCUAGGAUGAGUAUUUUCUGUUGCGGAGUGGCAUGGGCCACUCCGACCGGAAAUGCCUGGAGGGAGCGAGGCAAAGCCCCAGAACAGGAGAACGGGCUGGCGGUGUGAGGGUUGGGAAGGAGUGAGAGAGCGCAGCUGACUGCCCCGGAGACUCCUGCCCGGAGAAGCAGAAUGGGUGCAUGUCGUUGGUGCACCUCUGAUGAUUCAGUCGUCAACCUGCUAAAAAGUUAUGCUUCCUCUACAUUGCCUGCAAAUGAAUUUGCUUCAGCCAAUAAUGACCUCUGUUACUGCAUAGAGUGUGUGGAUGAGUACCACAAAGCAAAGGAUGAGUUGCCAUCCUUCCAUGAGAUCCUGUGCAAGCUUGAAAUCACUCGCCUUAUUACCCACUUUGAGAAAUCAAUGCAGGAGGAAGAUGACAGUGACCUCUUCAUUGUAGACAAAGAUGGGGAAACGCAACUGUGCCAUUAUACGGAUUCCAACUUUGAGGAGAACCUCAGAGUGCCAUUGUUGGAAAUGCUGAAGUACCCCUACCUGUUACUUCAUGAACGUCUCAGUGAGCUGUGUGUGGAGGCUCUUUGUAAAAUGGAGGAAAUCAACUGCUCCUACCAGGUGGCUGGGAAACACCCUGGGAUCUAUCUGCUCAUGGUACAUCCUAAUGAAGUGAUUCGCCAGUGGGCCAUCCUGAAAGCCAGGAGCCUGGGGAAGGUGGACAGGGACGACUAUUACAACAUCCAGGAAGUGUUGACGUGCUUGUUCAGAGUCAUAGAGCUGGACCACUUUGAAAACUCUGAUACUUAUAACCUUGCAAUAGUCGAGAAGGGGAAUCUUAUCUUGUUGCCUCGCCAUCUGUAUGAUACCACCAGUUACAAAAACUACUGGCUAGGUAUCUGUAUGUUGUUGAUGGUGCUGGAAGAACAAGCCAUGGAUUUGUUGUUGUUUGGCCCAGACAAGCAGAUUGACUUCAUGCCGUGCAUAAUGAAGGCCAUGAAGAAACCAACGGAGGAUGAAAGCAUCAAUCCUUUCUGGCCUGCGCUCCACUGUUUCAUGGUGAUCCUGGAUAAGCUUGGGUCUAAAGUAUGGGGACAGGUCAUUGAUCCAAUCCAGGCAUUUCAAACUAUUGUCAACAAUGCGAGCUAUCAGAAAGCAAGAGAGACUGUUCGCCAAAGUUGCAUCAGGACUAAAUCUGAGCCCAUGUCGGACUAUGGAGAUGAAUUUGUCACUUGCAGCCAACUGGCGUAUGACUACCACAUUGAAAAGCCCCACAAGAUGGCACAGGAGUGGCUAGAGAACCAGAAAUCAAAAGAGCAAAGGCCUUUUGAGUUGAAUUUGCUGAACUUCAAUGCAGACACAAAUGAAGCAGAUUUUACAAUUAACAUCUCAAGAAGCAAUUUAGAGAAACAGCUGCACCCAAAGGAAUGUGACUUGGUGUUCUUAAUAUUGUCUGAAAAGCAAAGCUUCUAUAGCAAAGAAGGCAAGGCAGAGAGCUGUCCAUUACGCCAUGUGGGCUAUGUGACUCGGUUUUAUACUGAGAUGAAAGAGCAGGAUGCCUGUCUCCUGUCUGUCAAGACACAAGGAAAUUUGUCCGGUGUUGAUAAGAAUGUCAGGUGUGUGGUGGUCAGUUCUUUAGUGACAACGGAGCAAAUGUUCAAGGCCCUCCUUCUUCUGAACCGAAGCCCUCUAGCCAAAGCCAUAAUCAGCCCACAAAACUCUGACUUCUGUCUGACAGGCUCAACUGUGGACUUGGAGACUUCUUCUUCGUACAUGAAGGAGCUUAAUGAAGAUCAAAGGACAGCUAUUGAAACUGCUUACACCUUUGUGAUGAAGCUGCCUUCAUUGCCCAAAGUUUGCUUGAUCCAUGGGCCACCUGGGACUGGGAAAUCUAAGACUAUCCUUGGGCUCCUUUACCGAAUCCUCAGCAAGAGAUCUGGGAAAGAGAAUCCUGUAGAAAGCAAGAUCAAGAGGAACCGUGUGCUGGUCUGUGCUCCGUCCAACGCUGCUCUAGAUCACCUCAUGAAAAUAAUGAUUGUUGAGUUCAAGGAAAAAUGUCAGGACAAGGAAAAGCCUUUGGGAAACUGUGGUGACAUCAACCUGGUGAGGCUGGGGGAAGAAAAAUGGAUCAGCAAGGACGUACAGAAAUUCAGUCUGGAUGCCCAGGCCAAUCGCAGAAUGAGCCGAGCAGCCCUUGGGAAAGAUCAAGACAUCCACAAGCGGAAGAAAGAGAUAGAUCAACGACUGGAUGCUCUUUCUUGCCAGUGUGCUAUAGACGAAAGUCAAAGCAAAGAGAAGAAACAACAGUUAGAGCAGGAAACUCGCAGGCUUGCAGAAGAGAGCAAGAGGCUCACUGUUCAACUGAAGGAGGUUUGUGGGCGAUUGCAAAGCGACAUGAAAACGAACAUCAUCCUGGAGUCUCACAUCAUCUGCUGCACACUGAGCACCAGUGGGAGCAGCCUGCUGGGUGCAGUAUUCCAGCGGCUGGACUGUGAUCCUCUGAGCUGCGUCAUCGUGGACAUGGCCAUGCAGGCUUGUGAGGUUGAAACUAUCAUCCCACUCAUUCAUGGCUGCAAAAAGCUGGUCCUGGUUGGAGACCCAAAGCAGCUCCCUCCUACAGUUAAAUCUAUGAAAGCUGAGGAUUACGGCUACAGGCAGUCUCUGAUGGGCCGACUCUGCAGACACCUGAAUGGGCAAAUCCAAGAAAAACACAGUGACAGGCUUCCAGUCCUGUGCUUGAGGACUCAGUACAGGAUGCACCCAGAGAUCUGCCUCUUCCCUUCCAAUUACAUCUACGACCAUGCCCUGAAAACUGACCGAUGGACAGAAGAGAGACGAUUCUCUUUGGAAUGGCCCUUCCUACCGUACCUCCUCUUUGAUGUUUUGGAUGGCCAGGAAGAACAGGAGAGCAAUUCCUUCAUUAAUCUCCAGGAAGUUAAGCUGGUAAUAGAAUUAAUGAAGUUAAUUAAGAGCAAAAAGAGAGACAUCAGCUUUCGCAACAUUGGGAUCAUCACCCCAUGCAGUGCUCAGAAAAGAAGGAUCCUGAGCCAGCUGGAGAAAGAAUUUGGAGAAAAUAGGUAAGAAUUUCACAAGCCUUGAAUGGCAUUAAAAUCCCUUUAACUGGGCCUCUUGAUUCAGCAGAGUGUC